GAACUUCAAAUCACUCGAAGAAGAACUCAGACCGGAACUUACCGCAGCUUCUUCCAGGGGGAGCUAGAUAAACAAAACAUUUGUAUGGUGAUAUUGCCGUUAAUUCUGGAUACGGUGCAGCCUUGGGAUGUGUUGAAGUAUUUAAAAUGAUAUACUGGAAGUGUUGUUGGCUGUGAACCCCGACGAGGCGAAGACUCGUUUGCGUCCUGCUCGCUGUUUAUCUACACACUUGUGAGCGACAUGAUGGCGUGAAACUGGCGGCGAUUCUCCUCCCAAGGUGGAAUCUCCUUCGAGUGGAUUUGAGGUUCGACUGCAAGCCGUGAAGUCCUCCCCACCUUGGUCGCCAUCUCCAUCACCAUUAUCACCAUGGCGUGGGCUCUGAAACUGCCUCUCACUGAUGAGGUCAUCGAGUCUGGACUGGUCCAGGACUUUGAUGCCAGCCUGUCAGGCAUCGGCCAGGAGCUCGGUGCUGGUGCCUACAGCAUGAGCGAUGUUCUGGCCCUGCCCAUCUUCAAACAGGAAGAGUCCAACCUUCCUCCAGACUCGGACAACAAAAUCCUCCCCUUCCAGUAUGUUCUGUGUGCUGCUACCUCGCCUGCUGUUAAACUGCACGAUGAAACACUCACCUACCUCAACCAAGGACAGUCGUACGAAAUCAUCAUGCUUGAUAACAGGAAGAUCGGGGAGCUCCCUGAGAUUUCUGGUAAAAUGGUCAAAAGCAUCAUCCGCGUGGUGUUCCAUGACCGCAGACUGCAGUACACAGAGCAUCAGCAGCUGGAGGGUUGGCGCUGGAACCGACCUGGGGAUCGUAUCCUGGAUCUGGAUAUUCCGAUGUCAGUGGGGAUCAUCGACCCACGGGCCAAUCCCACCCAGCUGAACACCGUGGAGUUUCUCUGGGAGCCCUCCAAGAGAACCUCAGUUUUCAUCCAGGUCCACUGCAUCAGCACAGAGUUCACCAUGCGGAAGCACGGUGGGGAAAAGGGCGUUCCAUUCCGGAUCCAAAUCGACACAUUCAAGGAGAACGAGAGCGGAGAGUACGCGGAGCAUCUGCACUCCGCCUCCUGCCAGGUCAAGGUUUUUAAGCCCAAAGGUGCCGACAGGAAACAGAAGACAGACAGAGAGAAGAUGGAGAAGAGAGCGCCGCAGGAGAAGGAGAAGUACCAGCCCUCAUACGAAACCACCAUCCUCACAGAGUGCUCCCCCUGGCCAGAAGUCACGUAUGUAAAUAACUCGCCAUCCCCAGGAUUCAGCAGCACACCCAACAGCUUUCCUGUGGCAGAGGGAAACGGCUCUCCCAACCACCAGCCCGAGCCGGUCGUUCCUGUUGUCGAUAACCUCUUACCGACAGCAACACCACAGGACGCUCAGCAGUGGCUGCUGAGGAACAGAUUCUCGCCCUUCUGUCGCCUCUUCACCAACUUCUCAGGAGCAGAUUUGUUAAAGUUGACCCGGGAAGAUGUGAUCCAGAUCUGUGGUCCUGCCGACGGGAUCAGACUCUUCAACGCACUGAAGGGACGGGUUGUGCGGCCCCGACUCACCGUCUACGUGUGCCAGGAGUCUCAGCAGUCUCGGGAGAACAAGCACGAGAAUGGAGACUCACCCAACAGCACCUUUUACGUUUAUCACGCCAUCUACCUGGAGGAGCUGACUGCAGGUGAGCUGACGGAGAAGCUCGCUCAGCUCUUCAACAUCUCACCUCGACAGAUCAACCAGAUCUUCAAGCAGGGACCCACCGGGAUCCACGUGCUGGUCAGCGACGAGAUGAUUCAGAACUUCCAAGACGAAAUUUGUUUCAUUCUACACACCAUGAAAGAUGAGACAAGCGAUGGCUACCACAUCAUCCUGAAAUGAUCGUCCCCUCACUGCACUGGGAUCCUCUGGGAGGAGCCUGCAGCUGAAGGCCAGCCUCCAAACCACCUACACCGCCGUCAUGUGACCAUCUCUCCUGAUUCUUCAUGCUCGCCCCCUGCACCUGUAGCUGACCGUUAUAGUUCCACAGAAACGUGUUUGUCGUGGCACCAACAACCAUAAUCUCCACACCUUUGUCGAUUCAAACUGUGCCCUUCAUUGGCCAGCAGUCCAACCCACAUUUCAACUUUGGUCUGUUCGAAACUCGUGUUGCAGUACUCCAGAUCCGUCUCUGUCUCGAGACCAGACGGGGUGGACUCUGCACGCAAAAACUGUCAUCGUUGGUAACAGAAGGAUUCUGUUUUUUUCUUCUGUUUUGUUGUGUUUUUUCUUUGAUAAUUACCAGGAGCCUCAAACUGAUCCACGAGAGAAUUUGUGUUUCUGUCUAGUCAGGAGGAGCACCAACAAGGUGUCUGAAGACUAGAGUUUGUCAGACUGGAUCUGCUUGUUUCAGCAGUCACCUCAUUGGUUCACCAAUGUGAGCCUGCACCCACUGCGGAUCAGAUGUGGAACAGUUGGAGUCUCCUUAUAUCUACUGUCUAGGUCUCGAUGCUACCCAGUCUCGAUAAUGUCUUGAUCUCGGUUGCUGUGCUCAUGACUACAACACGAUCAGAACCCCCCUAAUUCUCAUGGCAAAUGCCUACACGAUUCUAAAGUCUGACUUCCUGCUGGUCACUCAAUGUUUCAUUCAUGUCUCCAGUUUUGCACCAGCGACUUGUCCAUGUUCCCUGCUCGCUUUGUCGUCUUUCGUCUUAAAGAGAUAAUUUAAAAAGAAAUUAUGACUUGUAAAUGAUGUCAUUUGUUUUAAUUGAUUCCUUUGUGUGGAUGUUACCACUAACACGAACUGACGGUCAGUUUGAGUCUGUUACUGCUCACAACGUCGAUCUGCCAAUCGCUCCCUAUCUCAAUGGUCCCUCGAGUCUCUGUCGCCCCCUGGUGUGUCAGUAAUUGACCUGCUCGAAUAAAGGUGUUUUUUAUUAUUGUUAA